AUGUCGUCCCCCGGUGCUGGUUUUGAAUUCCCUUCCAAGGAUGUGGCCUGGCAAAAGCGCGAUGUGCUGCUCUUCGCCAACAGCAUCGGCUGCACAGCGGACGAGCUGCACUUCCUCUACGAACUGCACCCCAACUUCUCCGUGUUCCCAACCUACCCUCUCAUCCUGCCUUUCAAACUCACCGACCAAGAAGUAGUCGACUUCUACGCCCGCCAAUCAGCAACCGAGAUCCCCGGCGUGCCCAAGCUCGACUUCCGCCGCGCAGUCGACGGCCAGCGCAAGCUGACCGUCCUGAAACCCCUCCCGCCCACCAGUGCGGGCCGCCAGUUUGAGCUGCGCAAUAAGGUCGUCGGUGUUUAUGACAAGGGCAAGCCCGGGACCGUUGUGGAAACUGAGCAAUCGAUUGUCGAUAAGCAGACCGGCGAGGUGUACUCCAAGACUGUCGGUAGUGGAUUCUUGGUUGGGCAGGGCGGUUGGGGCGGUCCGAAGGGACCGAGCACGGUGAACUACCCUCCUCCGCCGGGAAAGAAGGCCGAUGCAGUGCAUGUGGUUCAGACGAAUCAGGAGACUGCGCACUUGUACCGUCUAAACGGCGACUACAACCCUCUCCACGCAACCCCGGAGCCUGGCCAGAAAAUGGGCUUCGGCGGCGUCAUCAUCCACGGCCUGUUCAGCUGGAACUCGAGCGCCGUCGGCCUCCUACGCCAGCUGGGCGGCAGUGAUCCCGCGAAUCUCCGCGAAUUCCAGGCGCGCUUUGCGUCGCCGGUGCGGCCUGGUGAUACGCUCACGACGGAGAUUUGGCGCAUGGGUAAUGUGGAGGAUGGGUUUGAGGAGGUGCGCUUCGUUACGAAGAAUCAGCAUGAUAAGGUCGUACUUAGCAAUGGGCGAGCUCUGGUGAAGAUUGUUGGGGCGAAGAGUAAGCUGUGA